AUGAGAUUCUUCAUUAUCCUUCUUUUGGCUCUUUUGGCUGUCACUGCUCUUGGUAAGUUACACAAUAUAUUGAAAGAAUGACAUUUUUCUUUCAGUUUUAAAUAUUUUACGUUUUCCUAAAAAUACUAUUAUCAUAUACACCAUGAACCUUUAGGAGCCGCCCACCACGGUAAGAAGCCAGUUCACAAGAAGCCAGCCCACCAUUCUCCAGCCCAUAAAGCUCCAGCCCACAAAGCUUCAGCGCACAAAGUCCCAGCCAAAGCCGGUACCAAAGCUCCGGCUGGAGCUGGUGCCACUUCAGCUGCAAAGACUACUGGUGCUGCUGCGGCUGCUACUACCGCCAAGGCUUCUGAAUAAGACAACUAGAAUUAUCUUUGGUACUGUGUAGUACUUUUUAGCACGGUUUCUUACUUGAUAUGAUUAGCGAAUAAAGUAGAAUUACUUUAGAUUGAAUUGAUUGCUGCUGGGGACGUUACUAGCGCCAAAGCUUGACAUAUGGUCUAUGAUAACUAGUAUUUUACAUGUUUUAGGCUCCAAAGUCAUUUGUGACAUUUCUUUUUCGAGAUAUAAAUUUUUUUUUCAUAAACAGACAACGCCACAACAGCCGAGCCAACCACUCCCAAGCCUAAGCAAAAGGAAAAAUCCCAACAAGAGAAACAACAAGAAGCCUACAAGCAAUACCUAUAUUACUAUCAAAAGUACGUCGAGACCCUUCAAACUCAAUCUUAUCAACAAUCCUCCUACCAACCAUAUCAACAAAACCGAGGAUACUACCAACGAUACUCCUAUCCUCAACAGUACUACCAACAAGCCGGUGGUGCUGGCCAGUACGGUACUAUGGCCCAGUAUUAUGGCUCUAGUCAGUAUGGACAAGCUGGCCAACUUGGUGUUGGCUCACAACUCAACUUACCAGCUGUCGGCAGUAUUGGAUGGUCUACUGGGGUUUAUGGGAAGUAG